UGUAGCCAGCGGAUCCUUGGUGUUGUUUCUAUCGCUUCUCGGCGCAGCACCACCAUGUCGUCGCCGUCGUCGUCAUCGUCGGUCCUCCAGAAAGCUUUCCGUAAUGCUGUCAUCCAAAUUUGGUACGCGUUCCUGCUGGGUACGGUGGCACAGCUCGUCAAUACCGCACACGUCCGGCAAGUUUGCGAAAGGCGGGAUAUUUUUUUCGCAACGUUUUACAGCGAGUGCCUACCGACGGAUGCCGGAGCGCCGGUAACUUACCUCCUGUACGACGUGAACCCGGGCGAAGGGUUCAACUUGCGGCGGGAUGUGUACAUUCGGUUGGCGGUGUUCCUGAAGCACCUCAAAACGCAACCCGGCCAUCAGCACUCGAAGCUGGUGCUUGCACCCUGGUCCCAUCUGGUGCAUUGGCGCAGCCGUCACAUCGACCAGGCUCGGCUGCUGUGGAACAAUUUCUUCGAUGUUCCCAGCCUGCAGCGGUACACGGACGUGAUCGAUAUGGAUGAAUUUUUUGCAGAUUACGAACGGACGCACGGUGCCCGGGCGCAGCAGGUGACGGUGGACGAGGUGUACCAGUUGCGGCAUUACGAUCACAUGCUCGAGAACGGUGUGUUCGUGGACAAGUUCGAGGAGCAUGCUUGCCCGCCAGGAAACCGGGCCGCGGUGGCCCUCCUGUUCGGCUACACAAACUUCACGGUGGCCACUUUUCGCUGCCUGCUCUUCCAGGGCAGUGCGAUGCUAUUGCAGCGGGUGCUGGACAAGUACGGCCGGCAGACGUCGAACCGGGCCGGCCCGUCCCCGCGGUACGUGGUCGUGCUGAACGCGGAAAUCGUACUGCACGAUUACUGGGGCAACGUGGACUACUGGGAGGCGCGCCGUUCAAUGCGCUUUGCCAAACCACUGGUAACCGUGGCCAAUCAGUUCCGAAUGUCCUAUCUCAACUCGAGUGACGAGCACGAUCGCACGGUACGCCCUGCUCGGUGGACCGACGAACGGGCCCACCGUAGCGCGCAAGGUGGCAACUACCUGUGUGCCCACCUUCGGAGAGCGGAUUUUUUGGAGGGGCGUGAGAAAACCACACCCACGAUACAAUCGGCCGCGCUUCAGAUCCGCGCCAAGCUGCUCGAGCUCGGGCUCCGGACGGUGUUCGUUGCGUCGGAUUGCUCGCGCACGGAGUUUCACAAUCUGAAAAACUACCUCAAGCGGUUCAGGGUGGUGCGCUACGAGCCGGAAAGCUACGAACAGCGGGUCACCCUCAAGGAUGGCGGUGUGGCGAUAGUGGACCAGCUCGUUUGCUCCCACGCACGCUACUUCAUCGGCACGUACGAGUCGACGUUCACGUACCGUAUCUACGAGGAACGGGAGAUACUUGGUUUCGCGCAGGAUCUGACGUUCAACACGUUCUGCAAGAACGAAAAUGAUGUAGCGUGCGAGAAGAACACGGUGUGGCCAAUCGUGUACGAUUGAUCGGUCCAGUGUCGACACACGCAAUUCCGCAAUUAGUUUAGCUCUGCGCCCUUCCGUGCAAUUGGGUUGUCAAGAAAAUGUUUUUUUUUUCUACAAUAAUGCCUCAAUGCCUAUGCCAAAAAAUGAGAUUGUACGUUAACUUACUUCGCUUGCUAGAUGAAACAUUGUUGGUAAACAAUUUUAUUUUGAUAUGUACACGAUACAUGCGUAACGUAUUGCAUAUUUAUUACAUUCUUGUUACUGUAUCAUUUUCUUUAAUUGGAACUCCCUUAUAAUCUAUUAUUGUUGGGUACAUUACCUUCGGUUUGCGGUUGAAAAAGUCCUUCCAGGCAUGCCAUUGUUCUCAAUUGGAAUUACGCUGUACCCAAUAACUACUCAAUGUUUGUAAGAAUGGCACACUUGGAAAAAUUCUUUAACUCCAUACCAAAGGGAAUAGUUACAAAAAGUUACAAACUAAAAGUCAUGACAAUGUGAUGUCGGUAUGUAGUAUAAAAUGUAGUAAACCGAUGCAUUUUUUCUUUAUUUCAUUUACAACGGGAGGAAAUGCUUUAUGUACCUACACCAAUUAAUUCCAGGCGGCCAUUUGAACGAUAUUGUGUUUGACGCUUAGUGGCGUUUUAAUAAAAAAUUAACCUUUAAUAACUUGGCGAAUGUUAUUUUUCAAA